AGUUAAAUUUCGCACCCUUUUAGCCAUUUUGUACUAUUACUUUUUAGGAAAUUUUUCUUUUUGUAUCACUUGAACGGUUUCUUUUAACAAAUUCCAAGACAACCAUGAAGCUGGAUGAGAAUGCGCCCGCUGGCAAGCUAGUAGCCAAUGUGCAGCCCUGGGAGCUAGUGGAUUGGCCAGAGCAGCAUCGUCGGAACAUGUAUCGCAGCUGGGCGCAAUAUUUUGCUGCCGAGCGGCAGAACUUAGCGGCCAGGAUAUAUUUCAACAAGUGCAUCGAUGAGCACGCCGGUGAUGAUUGGCAAGCUUUAUAUUUGCGCAGUAAAUUUCAUCGUUCGAUUGCGCUGGCCGGGGAGGCAUUGGAGGAUAGCAAGCGCGCCGUGGCAGUGUCGGAGACUACGGACACAGCGGUCAAUAUUGAACUAUCGGAUGCGCUUUACGAUUUGAAUCGCUUUGAGGAGCACAAAAUGCUGCUGCAUGAUAAUAUGGCCAAGUGUGUGGGCCACUCCAAGGUGCCGUUCGAGCGACGCGUCUCGCUGGUUAAUUCCAACUUUAAUGACAGCGUGGGCGACAGUCUGGGUCCGUUCUUUUUGAAGAACUCUUCGCAACUGCGGCCGUACUAUGAGGAAUUGAUCAAGUCGCGUGAGCCACCCGAUAUGCGUCCCAUUUGGAAAAUACUGCGCGAGCGACACGAGUGCGAUACGCAGAGUGUGCUGGAGAUAAAAAAGGAUAUGAUUUCGCCACUGCAGGCAGCCAGACGGCAACGCAAAGCAAAAAUCUACUAUCAGCACUACUUUAAUCGCAACUGGGUGGACAUUGCGUUCAUGCAACAGCUGCGCCACAAUCCCAACGUAACGCUGAACAAAUACUUCAAGUCCGGCCAAGAGCGCGCCAACUAUCUCAACUGCAAUUUCAAUCGCGUAAAGACAUUUACCCAAAUGCUGCAUUGCCGCAGCCCUGUGUACAAUGAGACCAAGGAGAACAUCGAUGACUGGCAGAAGAACGAUGCGUUCCACAAGGCGAACAUGUAUCGCAUACAGUAUCAGACGCGUCGCAACAUGCUCAGCAUACUGAGCACCAUACGCUCCAUACGCAAGCAAAAGGAUACGCUGCGCCUGCGCAAAUAUGUGUCUGAUGUCAUGGGUCAUUACAAUACGAUAAAGACGCUGCGCCUGAUGCCCUGGAAAACAGAGUUCAUGAACGAGGUGUACAAUCAUCUGGCCUUGAGCUUGUGCCAAGGAUUUCGGCUGCCAAAGCAAAAGCUCUCACCCUACGACAACGAUGCCAUGUGCCAUUUGCUGGGCAUGCCCUCGCUCAAGCCCACAGAGCCGAUCGAAGUGGUGUUUGGUGAUCGCUCCACCUAUGUCUACGACGAUUCAGGUCCACAAUUUGAAGCCACCAAGGCGUACAAGCGCAGCAAGGAUCGCCUGGAGAAACGUUUGUACUUUGCCACUUUGCCCAUUGAGCGCAGCUAUUUGCUUUAUGAGCUCGCCGACAGUCACAUGGGUCAGCAUCAUCUGGUGCAGUGCCUGGUCUAUGCUAAGCGUGCCAUUGAAGAGGCACGCAAGUGCAACAGCAUCAUUUGGGAAUUUCUAGCCACCAUGCUGCAGGCCAAGUCGCAUGCCGUGCUCUGCAAGUACGAGCGCCAGUCCGAGGUGCUCGAUGCUGCCUAUAAGCUGGCCAAGGAUCUCAAGUCGCCCAAACUCUGCACCUUCAUUGAGCUCUGUCGCAUGCUCAAUCGCGACUAUAUGACGCUACGCAAAAUGUCGCAACUGGUGGCCAGCAAACGCUUGCGCUACAAAAUGUCAAAUCGCUCCAGCGGCAUCACUCCUUCCCAGUUUUCGCCCGAUCCUGAAUUAGAAUCAUAUGCUGCAGCCUGAGCUAAGGCAGCAAUUCAGUUGUUUCACUCAAUUGCUCAGCAACAAUUUGUUCUUGUUGCUUGGCAGUUGAUUCUACAGCAUUUGCUGCUUUAGCUCAGCUCUCGGCAU